GCAUUUUCGCUUGAGACUGUUACGGGAUUUCCAGGCCUUUGUGUGAGGCCUCUGGCAGAGAAACUGCAGCCGGCCCAGCAGCUCUUGGGGUCAGGGCCAGAGCUAUUCCUCCUCCGGGGACAGCCUGGAGACGGUUCUGGAGGCAGAGGACUUUAUGUCGUUUCCUGAGCCUGUGAAUCAGAAAGAGAGGGAGAGGGAGAGGGAGAUCCCUCUCUCCUGGACUUUGCCAGAGCCCUGUGGGUGCAGCGGCAGAGGGUCUGUUGCUGAAAUGCCGGGUGAUGAGACAUCUGUCACCUGUGCAUGGCAGAAUGGGAAAACCAUGGACUUUCCCCAGCACAGCCAGCACGUCUUGGAGCAGCUGAACCAGCAGCGGCAGCUGGGGCUUCUGUGUGACUGCACUUUUGUGGUGGACGGCGUUGACUUCAAGGCCCACAAAGCAGUGCUGGCGGCCUGCAGCGAGUACUUCAAGAUGCUCUUCGUGGACCAGAAGGAUGUGGUGCACCUGGACAUCAGUAACGCGGCAGGCCUCGGGCAGGUGCUGGAGUUUAUGUACACGGCCAAGCUGAGCCUGAGCCCUGAGAACGUGGACGAUGUGCUGGCUGUGGCCAGCUUCCUGCAGAUGCAGGACAUCGUCACGGCCUGCCACGCCCUCAAGUCCCUCGCCGAGCCCGCUGGCAGCCCCGGGGAGACUCCGGUGGCCUCGGCCCCGGAAGGAGGAGACAAGAGAGCCAAAGAGGAAAAGGCGGCUGCUGCCGUUCUGAGCGAGCUGGACCCGGCCGGAAGCGGUCCACCCACGGGCCCAGACAGGGAGCCCAAGGAGGAGCGGGGCGGCCAGGCUGAGAGCACGGCCAGCGGUGCCGAGCAGACAGAGAAGGCUGACGCCCCCCGGGAGCCGCCCUCCGUGGAGCCCAAGCCCGACCCCACGAGCAGCAUGGCUGCUGCGGAGGCCGAGGCCGCCUUGUCGGAGAGCUCGGAGCAAGAAAUGGAGGUGGAGCCGGCCAGGAAAGGAGAAGAGCAGGAGGGUGAAGGCGCAGCGGCCGCCGAGGUCAAGGAAGAGGGGCCGCCGCUGGAGAAGGGGGAGCCCCCCGAGGAGAGCGAGGAGUCUGCCAGCACGGACUCGGGCCAGGAGCUGGGCACCGAGGCCCGGGGCCCACGCUCGGGCACCUACGGCGACCGCACCGAGUCCAAGGCCUACGGCUCGGUCAUCCACAAGUGCGAGGACUGCGGGAAGGAGUUCACGCACACGGGCAACUUCAAGCGGCACAUCCGCAUCCACACGGGCGAGAAGCCCUUCUCGUGCCGGGAGUGCAGCAAGGCCUUCUCGGACCCGGCCGCCUGCAAGGCCCACGAGAAGACGCACAGCCCGCUGAAGCCGUACGGCUGCGAGGAGUGCGGCAAGAGCUACCGGCUCAUCAGCCUGCUGAACCUGCACAAGAAGCGGCACUCGGGCGAGGCGCGCUACCGCUGCGGGGACUGCGGCAAGCUGUUCACCACGUCGGGCAACCUGAAGCGCCACCAGCUGGUGCACAGCGGCGAGAAGCCCUACCAGUGCGACUACUGCGGCCGCUCCUUCUCCGACCCCACCUCCAAGAUGCGCCACCUGGAGACCCACGACACCGACAAGGAGCACAAGUGCCCGCACUGUGACAAGAAGUUCAACCAGGUGGGGAAUCUGAAGGCCCACCUGAAGAUCCACAUCGCGGACGGGCCCCUCAAGUGCCGAGAGUGUGGGAAGCAGUUCACCACCUCAGGGAACCUCAAGCGGCACCUUCGGAUCCACAGCGGGGAGAAGCCCUACGUGUGCAUCCACUGCCAGCGGCAGUUCGCGGACCCCGGCGCUCUGCAGCGGCACGUCCGCAUCCACACAGGCGAGAAGCCGUGCCAGUGCGUGAUGUGCGGCAAGGCCUUCACCCAGGCCAGCUCCCUCAUCGCGCACGUGCGCCAGCACACCGGCGAGAAGCCCUACGUCUGCGAGCGCUGCGGCAAGAGGUCCUGCCCCGCCCGUCCCUCCCAUGCCCGGCGCCCUGCACGGUUCGUCCAGUCCAGCCAGUUGGCCAAUCACAUCCGCCACCAUGACAACAUCCGCCCUCACAAGUGCAGUGUGUGCAGCAAGGCCUUCGUGAAUGUGGGGGACCUGUCCAAGCACAUCAUCAUCCACACUGGAGAGAAGCCCUACCUGUGUGACAAGUGCGGUCGUGGCUUCAACCGCGUGGACAACCUGCGCUCCCACGUGAAGACCGUGCACCAGGGCAAGGCGGGCAUCAAAAUCCUGGAGCCAGAGGAGGGCGGGGAGGUCAGCGUGGUCACCGUGGAUGACAUGGUCACGCUGGCCACCGAAGCGCUGGCGGCAACCGCUGUCACUCAGCUCACAGUGGUGCCAGUGGGGGCCGCGGUGACCGCCGACGAGACGGAAGUCCUUAAGGCCGAGAUCAGCAAAGCUGUGAAGCAAGUCCAGGAGGAAGACCCCAACACCCACAUCCUCUAUGCCUGCGACUCCUGUGGGGACAAGUUCCUGGACGCUAACAGCCUCGCCCAGCACGUGCGGAUCCACACGGCCCAGGCGCUGGUCAUGUUCCAGACGGACGCGGACUUCUACCAGCAGUACGGGCCGGGCGGCACGUGGCCGGCCGGGCAGGUGCUGCAGGCCGGGGAGCUGGUCUUCCGCCCUCGGGACGGGGCCGACGGCCAGCCUGCUCUGGCGGAGACGCCCCCCACCGCCCCUGAAUGUCCACCGCCUGCUGAGUGAGCAGGCGUCUCUCCUCUGACUGUUUAUUUAAGGAUGGACGGCACCCUAGAUCUGAGAGGGGUGGCCCCGUUCCCUAGAGAAUAAAUUGGAUUAUUUUCUAA